UAGAUAGAUAGAUAGAUAGAUAGAUAUGCUAAAGAGGAAAACGAUUCAUAAUUUUCCUUUUUUUUAGUACUCUUAUUUGGAAUGUUUAAUCACGUCUCUAUAAAUACAUAUGUACUAUAAACCUCAUCAAUUGAAGCAACAUAAUACGUAUGUACUAGAGAAAGAAUCACAUCAAACCACUUAAAGCAAGAACAAUCCUUACAUCUUUCUCUAUACUUGGAUCAUGGAUAGUUUACCUUUUCAUCUCCUCGAGGAGAUUCUCUUCAAGUUGGAUCCCGAAUCUCUGGCAAUGAUGCAAUGCGCGGAUAAAUCUAUCAACUCUCACGUAUCCAACGAUCCGUAUUUCAAUUCCAGUGUCAAGGGUUCGAUUCCAAAGCGGUACUGCGAUAGUAGUCCAGAGUUUACACCGGCUUUGUCUUCUGCUAUGGACGUAGAUGAGAAGGUGGAGGUAAAGAAGGUGGCUCAUGAUGAUAAGUGUAUCUUCAAUCUAAACAUGAUCAUGAGAGUGGUUGGUAAAAUCUCAUCAUACGCUCAGAAGCUGGUGAAGAAAAAGGAAACCCUACUUGGUAAAAGAUUGUUGAUUGAAGAUGAAACGACACUGAAGAUGGAUGUGUCUUCUUCUUCUUACAAGCUCAUGAACGUGGAGAGAAUCAAUAAAAGAAGAAGAUUCACCGACAAAUACAUAUCAUGCGAGGAACAUAUGAGUAUGUGACUAAUUAUGGUUAAUUAAAUAUAAGUUUAAUAGAUAAGUUUUGAGUCUUCUCGCUAUGUUCAUGAUUUUAUUGCGUUGAGCACCUUCUUUAAGGAAUACUAGGUGGGUGUCCACGGUUUCGCAGGUUAGAAUGUUUUGUAACAAUAUAUUUAUUAUAAUUUUUCAAAUUAAAAUAUUUUUUUUAUCAUUAUGUGUUUUAGUUAAAUAUUUAUUCUAAGAAUGAUUGUUAAAAAAAGAUAAG